AGUACUUUAAGCGACCUCUGUUUUGCAGAUAGAAAGCUUAGACAAGAGUCUAGAAGACUUACUGACCAGGGUGGAUGAAUUCGUGGGAAUGCUGGACAUGAUUCGAAGUGAUUCCUCUGAAGUUGUCAAUGAAAGUAUACCUCAAAUUUACACAAAAGCUACAGAAAUGAGGCAGAUAUAUAGGAAAAUCGACAAACUAGAGGCUUUUGUGAAAAUGGUUGGGAAUAGGGUAGCUGGACUGGAAGAACGGGUCAUAAAGGCAGAAACAGACCUUGGAGCUUUUCCAAGCACAUUCAAGAAAAUCUUGCACACAAUCAGCAUGCCAUCCUUCCUUAAUAAAUCGUCUUCCUCACGACAACAGACCCUCUAUGAGCCUCCAGUCCUCUUCAAGACUGAAGACUAUUUUCCAUGUCUUAAUGAAGCACCUUAYUGAUGAUUUUUGCUUUGGGAUUGAUAUGAAUCAGCCAGAAAAAAAGAGAGCCAAGUGAACAAAAGAAAUGCCAACCUCAGAACAGCUGCAUUUUCUAAGCACUAUUGAAUGGCAUAUUGCCAUUCUGAUUCUCAUUGUCUUCCUUCAGGCAGUAUUUUCAGGUGAUCUUUGUUUGUGCACGUUAUUUCAGAAGCCUUCCUAAAACACCAUAGAAUUUUUCAGGUUAAUUUGGGGAAGGAAUUUAAGAAUACUUUUGCAUUACAUUUUUUUAAUAUGGAAAUAAUGGAAAACAUACUAUUGUAUGUAAGUUUUUUAACAUGUGAGUAUCUGUGCUGCUGCCCGUGUCAAUAGCUAUACCACAAGGAUGGGKUUUUUUGUCUUUUUUCAUAAUGUACUGAUUGAGGUGAAAGAAAAACUACGCAUAAAAUCAUCUGUUCCAAGGUUUUAAGCCUGGUCCCUGCCAUUUGUACAGAGAAAUGCACCACAUUGUGAUGCCCUCRUUGCAGAGGGAGGAUUUGGAGGAUCAUCAAGGAAUCAAGGACAUGGCUCAAUGCAUGUGAUGUAGUCCCAGUUCACAGAGCAAGCAACCUGCCCCCAAUGAUGAUCCUCAGGUCAUAGUGACCCAAGCUUCUAAUUACUGCAUCAUUGUAUUGUUUGAUGUGUAACCAGGUGGGCAUGAAAUAGAGAGAGAUAUAUAGAUACAUAAAACCUGCUGUCUUAAAGAACAAGUGUCUAAGUUGAGAGAGGGAUGUCCCUGGACUGAACCYCAAUCAGGUACCUGACCAGACUGCUUUUCCUUCACAACUAUGUGGUUACUGGGGCUUCCCAUGCUGAUUGCAGUUUAUAUUAUCAAUAAACUAAUAGCUGUCUAACCCCUGUUGUGGUCUUGCAUUUCACCRGACAGUAUGGACCUGCCUAGCAGGUAUUAACCAUAAACUGUUGUAUUCCUCUGAACAAGUUUUACCACUGCUACUCUGUUGCCAGUGUAACUCAGGAAUACUCAAAAUUCAAAUAUUGGAGGAAGACUUUAGGGAAACAAUAUUUCUCUGGAUUUCAUGUUGCAUGCGCAAAACAGUUAUGGAGUUGCAGAGUGAAGAUUAUGUAUUAAUAGAUCCUGUCUCCAACGAGCAACAGGGAUUGUGUUUUAAACGUCUUCAGUAUCUGAAGCAACGUUCAUUAAAAAUUAAAGAUUUUGAAAUCAAAGUAAGUAGGCUCCAAAAGMAGUUCUGAUGUAAAACUGAAUUUUAACAUCAAGACUUUAGAAAAAUAAUUACAUGUAAACAUGCAGAGAGAAAGAGACUUGACUUUGAAGAAGGCCUCCCCUCCCAUCCUCCUUGCUUUUAUAAAUAAUUCAUUAUUCAGAUGUUCCACUGGAGCAACAGUUGCAUUUCUAAAAGGUGUGGUAUCUUUCAGUGUGUGAAUAAAUAAUGCUUGAAGGUUUAUCCCUCCUCAGUGAGGUCUAAUAAAAUUACAUACUUAGGAUAGCAACGUAAGGCUAUAAUCAGAUACUCUUACGCAUACUAACUGUGGUAUGAAAAGAGAAGUUGUCUUYAGAACAUCUUUCUAAUUAAAUGAAUCACCUGCUCAAAUAACUUUGCCCUCACUGAGUAGAGCCAAAAUGCAGUUUCUUUUUAACCGAUGAUGUUUGAAAUAUUAAUAAAGAUUUCAGGAAGUUUAUAUAGCUGAGUAUUUUUCACACAAUAAUGUUCGUAUUAAUAAGAGUGAAAAUUCAUAUAUUCUGAAGUGGGCAUUUGUUGUUGUAUGGAAAAAAAAAAAAAAGGGCUGUCUCUUCAAAGCACACCACAACCAAAAAUGAGGCACUUUCUAUAAUUAUAGUUCUGUGUUGGAAAUGCUCAAAAAUAUUUUUAUUACUGAAAAUAGUGGACAAUGUAUGGAAAAUUUAUUAAGGAAAUGCUGUAAAAGUACAGCAAAUAAAUAAAUUUGGGCUUUUAAAAAUACAUGAUGCAAAAUACCAAGGUCACAGUUCAUCAGUUAUGAAAUUAGGGCGUUCUCAUAAUACUGACAAAAUGCACUCCUGCUGUUGAGUUUGUAUCACCUUAACUAUCUCCUUAUUCAUGAUCAGUCUCACCAAGCAGGGAUAGCAUGAAACACAUCCCAAGGGUUCGCCCUCAGUAAAGAAAGACUCAGAAUAUUCCUUUAUUGUCUGCUGUUAGUACCUUGUAUUAGUGUAAAACCAGUAAUAACUAUAUUAUGAAUUAGGUUCAAUAUUUACUGGGUUUGCCAGCUGUAAAUAAARUCUGAAUCUCAAAAUCUGCUGAUACCAAUAUUCACAGACCCAGAAAGUUGUAACUGUAUCUUCCUCUUCACAAUGUUUGUCUUUGUCCUCUUGUUGGGUUCCAAGAUAGAAGCCAGUAACUAUGGGGCUGCAUGAUUUGUUUUUAACAUGAAGAGCUCUUCAGCUAGAACUGGUGUAAAGUAAGAUGUGAUUUCUGUGCUGACCUGCCAAAGGUUGGGUGUCAGGCACAUGAAAUGAGCUAAUGUUUAAUAUCAAUAAAGGAGUCCACAUGUAAGUCUUACUUUUCUUCUAUGACAUUAAGCAAACAUUUUAGAGCCACCUUAGCAAGAGUAAUGCUAAAAGUUCUUAUAUUCUUACAGUUACAUAUGUUUUAGGCCGAUGUUAAUUAGUGUUAACCUAAUGCUAAUUGAAACUAAUGCUGCAGCUUACUAAAAAUUACCUGAUUGCUGUACAGUGUAUGUAAAUACAUAAGAGAAUAUGUAAUCUAUUCACAAGAUAGGCAGGUUGGACUGAGUGUUAGAAGUUUACAUUUUUCAGAGCUCCUGGACAAAAUCCAGUGUGAUCUGUAUCAUAUAGAUACUAAGUUAUGUGAUAAACCAUGCCUGAAGUAGGCACCUAAAGAUUUAUAUUUUAAUUAUUUUUGGACUGGUGUGUAUUGUUCUGCUCAAGCAGUGUUGCUGCUACUCUAAUAAAGCCCAAAGGAAUUAUAGAAGGAUGCAGAAGAUUGAAAGAAACAGGUUUGAUGACUUGUCUGACCAAAUAAAAUAAUAAAUUACUUAAAGAUGCACUGGAUUACACUGACAUCCAAACCUGUGGCAUGUCAUUACUUCUGCUGACAAUAACCUUCAAGGUUAAGUAGUUUUGCCUGCAAUACUAAGAACUAAAUAGCAAGUUUAAGCUGCAAAGAGUGAUCCUGAAUAAGAAGAGCAAGGUAACUUGCACCUUCAUCUGUGAAAAGAUCUUCAUAUCCGAAAUUGUUAAAUACUGGUCCCUUA